GGUCUAAGCCACAAUUGCGAACUUUAGUUUAUUGCUUGAAGUGUUGCAGGUAAGACAAUAUUCCAACUUAUCUUGAGAAUAGAACUUCGCUAAUUCAGGAUCAUAAGGGAACUGAUUCCCAUCUUCGCAGUACCACUUGCCAUGUAAUCCAUAAUUCCCAUGUAUUCUAUCGCAAAUAGGACAUGGUGAGCUCCGCGGCUGAGGUGAUGUAAAAUUAUAAUUAUCAAUCCCUCUAAAACUAUUUCCGAAUUUCAAGUAUGGGAAGUGCUCUAAGACAGAUUUGAUAAUCAAUUCUGGAUCGGGUUUGGUUUCAUAAGUGAUAGGCCCUUUUUCUUCACAUUGCUCACUUCUGAUAAUUGCCAUGGCUCAUACCCAGUUUCUUUUUUAUAUUUUUUGUAUAAGCUGGACUGAAUCCUAUCUGUCAAAACACUUGGUAACCCAGUUAAUUUGGCAUGCCAAUCCAGGUAUUCGGGAGUUAAUAUUUUAUUGGAUUUGCUCAUGUUUCCUUUUUU